UAAUGUUAAGUAAAUCACAAACACAUUACAACAACAAAAAAACACUUUCUAUACUCUUUUCUUCUCUUCUGACACAUUCAUUUCAUGGAUUCCACCAAUCGCUCCUCCGUUAUCAUAAUCGGCGCCGGAAUCUCCGGUAUCUCCGCGGCGAAAGUGUUAUCUGAGAACGGCGUAGAAGACAUAGUGAUGCUUGAAGCGUCGGACCGAAUCGGCGGCAGGAUCCGUAAGGAAUGUUUCGGUGGCGUGUCGGUGGAACUCGGUGCUGGUUGGAUCGCCGGUGUUGGAGGUCGUGAAGCUAAUCCUGUUUGGGAACUCGCUGUUCAACAUAAUCUCAAAACGUGCUUUUCUGAUUAUAGCAAUGCUCGCUUCAACAUCUAUGAUCAAAGUGGAAAGUUAAUUCCGAGUGGAAUCGCUGAUGACUCAUACAAAAAAGCAGUUGAAUCAGCGAUUCAGAAACUGAGAGAUGAGGAAGUUGAAGAAGAUGAUGAAGAAGCCAAUGAUGAUGGCAACAAAGUAACGAAACCGUCAUUGACUCCUAAGACGCCGGUAGAACUCGCCAUUGAUUUCAUUCUGCAUGAUUUUGAAAUGGCAGAAGUGGAACCAAUCUCUACAUAUGUAGAUUUUGGGGAAAGAGAAUUUUUGGUUGCGGAUGAAAGAGGGUACGAUCACUUGCUAUACAAAAUGGCUGAAGGCUUUCUCUUCACAUCGGAAGGUAGAAUCUUGGAUGAUCGUCUCAAACUCAACAAGGUCGUCAGGGAAUUGCAACAUUCAAGAAAUGGUGUUACGGUGAUCACGGAAGAUGGUUGUGUUUACGAAGCCAAUUAUGUGAUUCUGUCCGUUAGCAUUGGCGUUCUCCAAAGUGACCUACUUGCCUUCAAUCCACCCUUACCAAGGUGGAAAUUGGAAGCCAUUGAGAAGUGUGAUGUAAUGGUGUACACCAAGAUCUUUCUGAAGUUUCCGUAUAGGUUUUGGCCAUGUGGACCCGAAAAGGAAUUCUUCAUGUAUGCUCACGAGCAGAGAGGCUAUUACACAUUUUGGCAGCACAUGGAUAAUGCAUAUCCUGGCUCCAAUAUCUUGGUCGUGACAUUGACUAAUGGGGAAUCAAAACGUGUGGAAGCUCAGACCAAUGAAGAGACUUUGAGAGAAGCUAUGGCGGUGCUCAGGGAUAUGUUUGGACCCAACAUCCCCGACGCUAUUGACAUACUUGUUCCCUGCUGGUGGAAUAACAGGUUUCAGCGCGGAAGCUACAGCAACUUUCCGAUUAUCUCCAAUGGUAAAGUUUUUUAUAACAUUAAGGCUCCUGUCGGUCGCAUUUUCUUCACUGGAGAGCACACCAGUGAAAGAUUUAAUGGCUAUGUACAUGGCGGAUAUCUCGCAGGUAUUGACACAGGCAAAGCCUUAGUAGAAGAAAUAAGGAAGGAAAAUGAAAGAGAAAGUGAAAGCCAAACUCUAUUGUUGGAACCUUUGCUAGCAUUGACUGGAUCAUUAACAAAGUCAAAGCCAGAAACAGUCUCCAAUAUCCACAAAUGUGAUAUUCCUACACAAUUAUAUCUCAGUGGCAAGCUUGGGAUCCCUGAAGCCAUAUUAUAACUAUAUGGGGCUGUAGAGAAUCCUCUUGGUGAGUUUAAGAGGUGAUGGGAACACUGCACAGAAGUCUACUCAUUUUAGUUCAUUCCACUCCUAAUGGAGCCAACUAGGUUAAAAUUUUUGAAGGGAAUUAAUUGGUAUAGUCUUACGAUUACUUUGUUCUUUAUAGCCAGAAUAAGUAAGAUUACAAUGUAAGGAUGCUAGCUCUUAUUAUUUUGAUCCUAAUUUUACUUGCAAUACAAGUUCAUCAUUUUUUGUGUAUACUA